AUGGAAGAAAAUGAAGAAGUCGAAAAAACGCCAUUGACAGACACCGUCGUCUACAUUUGUAUAAUUGCAGGUUCUGCUGGUUUAAUGUACGGAUACGAUACCGCGGUUUCAGGAGGUGUAAUGAUGAUGAAGCCAUUUCUGAAAAAAUUCUUCCCGGCGAUUCUGUUGAAGAUGAUAGAUAACGAUAUGAAACAAGACCAAUAUUGUAGAUUCAAUAGCCAUAGAUUAACGGCGUUUAUCUCGUCGAUGUUCAUCGCUGGAUUGGUAUCGUCGUUGUUAGCUGGUCGUGUGACGAGUUUGAUCGGACGAAAGCUUAGCUUGAUUACGAGCGGAAUCCUGUUCUUGACCGGAAAUGGCCUUGAAGUUUUCGCACAGAACCUCGCUAUGCUUAUCGCCGGCCGCCUCUUCGUAGGGUUUGGAGUUGGCUUCGCUAAUCAGGCUGCUCCGGUUUACAUAACAGAAAUGGCACCAUCAAAAUGGCGAGGAACUCUCAACACGGCUUUCCAAUUCUUUGUAUGUUGCGGGAGUGUACUUGCCAGCAUAAUCAAUUUCGGUGCGAGUCACUCAAACACCAACCUUGGCUGGCGGCUCGCGCUUGGAUACGCAAGUCUACCGGCCACCCUAUUAAUUGUCGGGACUAUCUUUAUCCCCGACACUCCGUCCAGCUUGAUCCAACGGGACAAGCUAGACGAGGCGUUGACCACACUGUCCAGAGUGAGGUCAACUAAGGCGGAAGCCGAGGCGGAGCUAAAAGACCUGGUUAGCUCCACUGAGGCCACCAAGUUGAAUACCCAGAAUCCGUAUCUAAAGAUAUUGGAGCUGCGAUACCGGCCACAACUAAUAUUGACCGUGGCGAUUGCGGGUUUUCAGCAAUUGACUGGGGUGGGUAUGGUGGCGCUUUAUGCACCGGUGGUGAUGAGGACUAUCGGGAUGGGGACGGAAGAGUCGUUGUUAGCUGCGGUGGUGACCGGGUUUGUGAAUUUGGUGUCGGUACUCAUGUCAACUUGUAUGGUUGAUAAGAUCGGAAGACGGUUUUUGUUUAUAGGGGGUGGUAUACAAAUCAUCUUCUCUCAGGUAUUUAUCGCGUGCACACUAGCCAUUCAGUCACAAAAUCGUGAUCGAGGGGUUUCCAAAAAACUACGGUGUGGUGGUCCUAGUGCUAAUGUGUCUCAUAUCAUCGGCAUUCGGAUGGUCAUGGGGCCCGCUUACAUGGCUCGUCCCGAGUGA